CGGCUGCUGUCGCAGUCAGAGCCGAGCUGCGGAGUGGGCAGCAGUAAGUGGCGUGGAAGGCUGCCAAGCGGCGCUGCUGGACUCAGCAGGACAGAUGCGAACUGGCAACCGCUUCGGCAGGGUUGUAACUGCAUUGGAUGAGGCUGGUGCACUGAGGAGGAGGGAGGUGCCGGACUUUUAAUUCUUAGAUGGGCAGCGAGAGAGGCCCGCUACCCCUGGAGAGUUCGCCUAGCAGCAGCCUUAUUUAAUGGUCACUUGGACCCAUUGGUAGUAGAGCAGCGAGGAAAGGCAGAAAAACCCUCCUCUUUAAAAAUAAAAAUCUAUGCACAGACAAUCGCAAGACCAGCAGGCAGGCGGCGAUUUCUGAGACUUCUGUGCCAGAAAGGCGCAGAGAGAGAGAGAGAGGUGGAAGCCCAACAACUAUUCGCCCCGCUGAAUAACGAGAGGCACAAUUGCCCUCCCCCCCCUCUUUCUAAAGCCGAAGUGUGGAUCUCGGAGGAAAGCUGUAGACCUUUAGGAUAUUCUCUUGAGGCAUUUUUUUUUAAAAAAGAGGCAGUUGCUUCUAUCCAAUGAGCAAAGAAGAAAAAGUUGUGAAUCGUUUCUUCUCUGGGGAGGAGGAGAAGGAAGGAGGAGCCACCGAAGUCGGGAUGCAGUUUUCGAGAUGGUCAUAAAAGGGGAAGCAAACAAGCAACUACCCGAUGUGUGUGGGGGUUUUUUUUGCAUUGGAUCUAUUUGCUUGCGAGCUUGAUUUAAGGAGGCAAUACCUGUGAAGCCUUACGUAGAGAAGAGCAAAAGGGCUUGCGAUAGUUUGUGGGUCCCCCCCUUUUCGCUUCCCCAUCCAACCCCUCCUCUGGAUCCUCCCCUUCUAUUUUGGAGGGGGGGGGAGGAGGAGAUGAAUGUUUGGCUUCUCCCGAAACAGCCGGUGGAUUACUAACAGAAGAACCCGACCUGGGAAGCCUUGAGGAUGCGGCUUGAAACAGACGAGAGCUGACGACGAGUCCGGGAAAAGAGCGAGUGAGCGAGGGAGGGGAAGAGAAAGAACGGGCUGAAGUGGAUGUUGAGAGGAGUGGGGCGAGUCGACGGCGAGAGCGGCGGCGGAGAGCUGGGGGCCGCGGUGGCCGGGACAAGCCGUUUGCACCAGCGCCCGCGUGCUGAGCGUGCCAGGCUCUCGGUCCUUUCCCUGCAGAAAUGCUGCAUCAUGAACCCAUCGCUCGUCCGGAUCUGCCCCUGAACCAGCCAGAAAACAGCACCUCUGGUGCCGACUAGCAGCAGCGGUAGCAUGUGAGGAGGGAACAAGGAGUGGACGGAGUGAAAAAAGAAAAAGAGAAAUCCACCAGAACCCCCCCGCCGCCGCCUUUCUGUCUGGGCAGUGCUGUCUCAGGACCCCGCGAUGCCUCGGCUGUCGCCUUCACGUCAGAAGGGGGAAAGUCCUAUUUAAAAAGAAAAAAGAGUGUGUGUGUGUAAAGGGGCAGGAAGGAAGAGGAGGCUGCUCUCUCGUGUCUCUCCGCGGAGCAUCUUGUCAGACAACUCAACUUCUCGCCCAGGUGGAGGAGCAACUCGGAGCAGCUCCUAGAACUUCUUCCAAGGACCAAAGGCUGGAAAGCUGAGCAAGGCAAGGAAGCCCAUCCGUGCCCGGGGUCUGUGUUUACCGGGGCGUCUAGUCUAGACUAGAACACGUGUCAUCUCUGGAGGAAAGCCUGAAUUGAACCCUAGCUCGGGAGAAGCGUGCAUUUUCACCCUUCCCCCCUCUUAAUUCUUAAUAUUUUAUUUUGCAACCGGGAUUCCUCUCCCCUCAAGUCUCUGCAUUGUUGUUUGCUUCCCUGCCAGGAUCCACUUAAGGAAGCUGGACGCGCGUGGUGAUUAAGAAUAUAUAGAUAUUAUUUCCCUCGCUUCUCUCCUGAGUCAGCUGCUCCCAACCACCCCUACACCGAUCCCGCCUGGAAGGUUGGUCGGGUCGCCUUUCUGAAAGUCCUGAUCGGUUUGUUGUUGCCGCCACCGCCGCCGCCCUCCAAGCCUCCUCGCACCGGCUCCGGUUGUCUUGACCCGGGGUGGCGUCGCCGCCGCAGGAGGCUGCCCCGCCGCUGCCGGGCCUUGCGGCGCGCCCAUGCUGCUGCUGCGGAAGCUGCCGGGCUGGCCGCCGUCGGCUCUGGGUCUGCGGCUGCCGCAGAAGUUCCUCUUCCUGCUCUUCCUCUCGGGCCUGCUCACGCUCUGCUUCGGGGCCCUCUUCUUGCUGCCGGACUCUUCCCGCGUCAAGCGCCUCUUCUUGCCCCGGCGAGGGGGCGCCGGAGGAGGAGGAGGAGGGGACCCCGAAGGGCUUCGCAGCACCGCGCCGCCUGGGCCCGACCCUGACCGCCGCCAUGCCGCCCCCAGCCCGCCAGAAGCCGCCGCUGCGGCUGCUGCCGCUGCUCCGCCGCCGCCUCUGCCUCCGCGUCGCCUCAGGGACCCCAAAGUCCCAGCCGCGCAGUCGGCGGCGAUGAACGAAGCCGCCGCCAAUUCCUCCAAGCGAGACCGUCACAGCCCGCCCCACCACCAGGGGUCGCCUGGGGAGAAAAAGGCGGCAGGCGCGGGGACCGGCAGCGCCGUCCCCCUCCGGCAAACCCGAGCCCCGUUCCGCUUCGACUAUGAGGGGUUCCGGCGCAGCCUUCGCCACCCGGUGUUGGGCAGGAGGAAAGGCGGCACUGAGGAUCCCGAGAACCGAGCCCGGCGGCGGAAGAUCAAGGAGAUGAUGAAGUUUGCUUGGGAUAACUACAAGCAAUAUGCAUUGGGGAAAAACGAACUGAGACCUCUCACUAAGAACGGGCACAUCGGGAAUAUGUUUGGAGGUCUCCGGGGAGCAACAGUGGUGGAUGCCUUAGAUACUCUGUAUGUCAUGGAGCUGCAGGAAGAAUUCCAAGAAGCCAAAGACUGGGUGGAGAAGAGCUUUGACUUGAAUGUGAAUGGCGAAGCUUCCUUGUUUGAAGUGAACAUCCGCUAUGUUGGAGGGCUUCUGACUGCCUUUUACCUUACUGGAGAAGAGGUCUUCAGAAGCAAAGCCCUCGAACUUGGAGAGAAGCUUCUGCCAGCCUUUAACACACCGACAGGAAUUCCACGGGGAGUCAUAAACCUGGGCAGUGGAAUGAGCUGGAGCUGGGGAUGGGCGUCUGCAGGAAGCAGCAUUUUAGCAGAAUUUGGCAGCCUCCACUUGGAAUUUCUACACCUCUCAGAGUUGUCCGGAAAUUCAGUUUAUACUGAAAAGGUGAUGAACAUCCGCAAAGUCCUGAACAGAAUUGAGAAGCCACAUGGGCUUUACCCUAAUUUUCUCAGUCCAGUAACCGGGAACUGGGUGCAGCAUCACGUUUCCAUUGGUGGCCUUGGGGACAGUUUUUAUGAAUAUCUGAUCAAAUCUUGGCUGAUGUCAGACAAGAAGGAUGCUGAAGCCAAAAACAUGUAUGACAAUGCACUAGAGGCCAUAGAAAAACACCUGGUAAAAAAGUCGGCCGGCGGACUGACAUACAUCGCAGAGUGGCGAGGAGGCAUCUUGGACCACAAGAUGGGCCACUUGGCUUGCUUCUCAGGCGGGAUGAUAGCCCUCGGAGCAGAGAAUGGGGCAAAAGAGCAGAAGCAGCACUACAUGGACCUGGCUGGAGAAAUAACACGCACCUGUCACGAGUCUUACGCCCGCUCAGAUACCAAGUUGGGCCCGGAAGCAUUUCGUUUUGAUUCUGGCUCUGAAGCGAUGGCCACUCGACUCAGCGAUCGCUAUUACAUUCUGCGCCCUGAAGUUGUUGAAAGUUACCUGUACAUGUGGAGGUUGACGCACGAUCCCAAGUACAGGCAGUGGGGCUGGGAAGCUGUGCAGGCACUCGAGAAAUAUUGCAGAGUAGAAGCUGGUUUCUCCGGGAUCCGCGAUGUUUAUACCACCAACCCAAGUCAUGACAACAUGCAGCAGAGCUUUUUCCUGGCAGAGACGUUAAAGUAUCUCUAUCUUCUGUUCUGUGAAGAUGACGUGCUGUCUCUUGAGGACUGGGUGUUCAACACCGAAGCCCACCCGUUGCCCGUGAUUCGCACAACAGACUUUAUCCUGAAGACGAGCACGCAAUAGGGGCGCCUUUGCUCUCUCUCGGCUUCUGCCGUGGGAUGUGGAAAGUUACUUGCCUAUUUUCCUUCUCUCCUUCUUUCCAAUAAAGGAAUGUCUGUGUUCCCAGAAAGGUCUCUGGGGGGCAUUCGUCCAAUUCCGGACAGUAUUAUAUUGGGGGAUAUAAAAAAAAACUGUGAAACAAGCACCUUCGUGGGUUUUUUUUUUCCCUCUAUGAGGGAAUUUAUAAGCCUGAUAGUGAGAUGUUGAUUAUGGGCCAUAAUACACACAAAAUCAUGGACAUUCCUUUUUGCGGAGAAUUUCUACGGAAUCUACUGACGUUUUCACACGGCCAAAGGAAUCAGGAGUUUGCCAUAAACAGGCGUUGGUUUGUGCCACUCUUUUUCUCUUCCAUCCACCCCUUCCACUGUCUCCUUUUUAUAUAUAUAUACAAUUGAUUUUUAUCACCUUUCCAAUUUACACUUCCCCCCCCCCCAAAUAACUUGAUCCUAAGUGGAAUCAAUGCCACUGAUAGUCAGAAAGCAUCUGCAAAAUUCUGAACCCCAAGCAUCAUUUAUAUCUUUUUUUUCUGUGCUCUUAAAAUGUUUACUGAAUGUUGCAUCAUGUGUAUUUUUUUUUUGCUUUCUAAUGUUUGAAGUUUAUUAUGUUUGUACCUCCUUUGUUUUUGUUUUCAUUUGGAGCUUAAAUAUUACGAGGCACUUGUAAUGAUUUCAUUUCUGUAAUACCCAGAGAUGUGGAAUAGAAUAAAAAUUCCUGUCAGAUAA